AUACAUAAAGUUAGAUUUAUUUGAUUAAUUAAUUUGUUCAGUUUCGCUGUUAGUGCGCAGAAUGGCGGUCGCGUACAUCAUUGGCCUUUUGGCCUUUGUGGCUUUUGCCCAGGCAGAGCCGCUCGGCAGAUCUGGAAGUCAUGCUUUCAUCGAGGAUUUACGAGGUCCCUCGCGUAUCGUUGCGGGCUGGCCAGCUGUCACCGAGCAGAUCCCCUACCAGAUCAGCUUGAGGAUGGUGAAUGGUUCCGGCUCAGUCAGCUCUUGCGGAGGCUCCGUCAUCCACCAUCACUGGGUGCUCACCGCCGCGCAUUGCGUUGCUAACCGUUUCACCUUCGUCAUUCGCUUCGGCGUGACUAACUUGACCCGCCCCGACCUCAUCGUGGAGACCACUCGCAAGUACAUCCACCCUGGGUACAUCGAAAUCAUCGCUGGAGUCCAGACCGACGACAUCGCCCUGUUGGGAGUAGACCAGUACAUUCCUUACACUCCCACCAUCCAGCCGGUCCGUCUCCAGAACAGAGAGAACAAGAACAAAGAAUACGCCGGCUUACAAUUGGUCGUCAGCGGCUUCGGACGUACCGAUGAUCGUUGGAACGGUGGUACCGCCUCCGAGGUCCUCCUGUGGGUGUACCUGCGCGGAAUCUCCAACGAGGAGUGCCUCACCUGGUACCCCACCAGCCGAGUCAUCCAGGAGCAGACCAUCUGUGCCGGCUACUACAAUUACACUUCGCAAUCAUCGUGCCAGGGUGACAGCGGCGGUCCUCUGACCAUCCUGGAGGAAGACGGCCAACCCACCAUAGUUGGAGUCGUCAGUUUUGGUCACGUUCGUGGUUGCAACAACGAGAUUCCCUCAGGCUACGUGCGUCCCGGCCACUACCACGACUGGUUCACAGAGGUCACCGGCAUCGACUUCGACUGGAAGAACGAGGACCUGAAACAGGUCUCGCUGGAGUACGACCAGCCUGACCGUGUCAUCGUUGUAGACGAAUGAGGAACUCUAUAGAACGUCUUUCCAUGGAUUACAAUCAAGUUUUUAAUAAAAGAGUUUGAAUUUA